GGAUUCAUGUUCUUCAUAGUGCACUUGGAGGCGUAGGAGCAGCAUCAGGUGCUGCUGGAUCUUCGCUAGGAGGUCUAGGAAUAGGGACUACUAGGACAACGACAUCUACUUCUGCUGUAUCGGGAUCGGGUGCAGCUGGGUCUAACAAGAACUACAUAACUCCUACGACCUCAUCUUCCAGUACAACCCUGAACAAGAACUCUUCUGCUAAACCAGCCUUGCGCAAGAUCGUUGAGCAAUAUCUAGAAGAAAAUUGGAUCGAAGUUUUAGUUGUUGUGAACGGGGAUGAACCGAUCACGGGUGCUGCGGUGGAGGCACGGACUAGCUACCGAUACACGGACAUGAUUUGGGAUCAUAUCUUCUUAAGGUUCAGCUUUCAAUGGUCAUUGGGGUUGGUCACUGAGAUCGAAGAGGCGACCCCUUGAGAGAACAGGGGAAAACGAAGGGAAAGGGGAGAGCUUUGAAGGGGGUCCCUUCCGUUCAGAGUCAGUGACCAUUGAAGGCUGAGCUUUAAUCUUCGCACCCUGUGUGGGCAUAAGUAGUAUUAAACAUUUCUUCUCCCCCAGCACAGGCGGAGGAGUUCUAGGCCCUCGUGGAGGAGCUGUAGGUGUAGUUGGACCUCCUCGACCUCCGAGUACUACAACUGCUCAUAGUUUUCCGUCGAAUGCUGCACUUGGAGGAGCUGUAGGACGUCAUUUCCAACAUGAUCCAAAUAUGACGUCAUUUGCAACUGGUGCGGGACGAGCCAACACGUCUACGCUUACCACGUCCAAGAAAAGCGCGCUAGAUCUCAUUUAUUCCAGCACUUCUAGUUCUUCCUCUUCUUGCGCCAAUGAUGACUGUGGUACGCGUACGCCUUGUCCGACUUUAGAUUUCAAGAAAUUUCACAAAUUAAUCCCCUAUCAUCCUAUACCCAAAGCAACGAAUGUUUCUAGAGAUUUGAAGUUGCAGAGUUAUCUGUAAGUCAGUGUUCUUGUAUGUAAGUUUUUGACUUUUUGACCAACACCUAGGAUAAGUUGGACAUGGGCAUUAUGUAGUUUUUCUUACGCUUUCCAUUCGUUCUCUUUCAUUAUGGGAGUGUUGAUUGCUGAGAACAUGAUGAAUCAAUGAAUACCAUGGCCCCAAAACCACACCUAAUGAUCGAAAUACGUGACUUAAACUGCCC